AUGGCGCGCUCCGCCUCCGCGACGGCCAUUGACCCUGCCAUGGUUCUCUCUCAUAAGUUCCCCGAGGUCACACGGCUUUCGCUAGCUCUCCGUCCUCGAUCACCGGACUCUUCUGGCUUGACGAGAGCUGCUCUGUUCUACAGGGAUGUGGCGCUGUACGCGCUGGGGGUGGGAGCUUGCAAUGCAGAUGCAGCGGAUGAGAAGGAGCUUCAGCUGGUGUACCACAGGGAUGGGCAAUCUUCCAUUAAGGUUUUACCUACUUUUAUUUCUGUACUUAAUGCAAAAACUGGCGAUGGGUUUUACAUGGAUGUCCCUGGGCUUCACUAUGACCCAGCACUUUUACUGCAUGGGAAGGCCGCUAUUCUUGAAGUUGAAACACUAACCUGUCUUGAAGGUUCUGGUGAAGUUUUGUGUAUGAAUAGGAGUACUGUCUACUUGCGUGGUGCUGGUGGCUUCUCCAACUCUUCACAACCGUUCUCAUAUGCCACUUAUCCUUCUAAUGAGGUUUCCGAUGUUACAUUUCCAGAUUCCACACCUUUUGCUGUGUAUGAAGAUCGCACUCAGAAAUCCCAGGCACUACUCUGCGGGUUAUCUGGCUAUUUUCAUCCUUUGCAUUCAGAUCCCAUCUUUGCACAGACUGCAGGGUUUACAGGCCCAAUAUUGCCUGGACUUUCAACGCUUGGAUUUGCUGUUCGAGCUAUCAUGAGGUCAUUCUGCAACAUGGAACCAACAGCCGUGAAAGGUAUCUCCUGCCGGUUCCUGCACCACGUCUACCCAGGGGAAACUCUGGUUACUGAGAUGUGGCUUGAAGGACAGAGAUGUUAUGGUGGGCUGGACCUACCAGAGAAAGAGGAGGAACAGUGGCUGAGAGAAGGAGGGGGAAACGCGCGAGGCGCGCUGGGCGCGGUCACCGCGCCCCAGGCCGGUGUUCCCCUCCAGCGAGAGUUGUUAGAUCGGGAGAGAAAAUAG